AUGCAUUUACCAUACCCACCUCGAAAAGCCUCGAACCCUGCGCCAUACCUUCCUCGAUCCUCCCCGCUACCGGGUCUACGGAGAACCCGUCUCAAGCUCAUCGCGCUCGUCGCACUCGCCUUCAUCACGCUUAUAUAUCUCGUUUCCCGACCAAGCAACAAGCAUGCCGACUCGGUGCAGUGGAAACCGUCUGGGAAACCGCCAGUGGUCUUGGUGACGGUGUUGGACGAGAAAAAGUACGGCAAGGGAUAUCUUCAGACGAUCGUGGAGAACAGGAUACAGUACGCCGAGAAGCACGGGUAUGAAGCAUUCUUCGCCAAGGUCGGUGACUACGAUCUUAAGGGAGCGCCGGCGUCCUGGACGGCGGUCGUUGCCGUGCGCCAUGCGCUCACGAAGUUCCCGGACUGCCAUUACGUCUGGUACCUCGAGCAGAACGCUUUCGUCAUGAACCCGGAGCUCAAGAUAGAGGACCACGUCAUGCAACCGUCGCGGCUGGAGGAGCUCAUGAAGAAGGAUUUCCCGGUUGUCCCUCCAGACAGCAUCAUCAGGACUUUCUCCCAUGUCAAGGGACAAGAAAUUGAUCUAGUUAUUACCCAGGACAAAGCGGGCCUGUCAGUAGGCAGCUUUAUAGUCCGGAACAGCGACUGGGCGCGCUUCUUCCUCGAAACGUGGUUCGAUCCGCUCUAUAGGAGCUAUAACUUCCAAAAGGCCGAGACGCAUGCCUUGGAGCACAUUGUCCAAUGGCACCCGACUAUCCUCGCCAAGAUGGCGAUUGUUGACCAAAACAUAAUCAACUCGUACAGCAAGGGUGCCAAAGGGGCUCAGUACAAAAAUGGGGAUCUUGUAGUCAGGUUCUCGGACUGCUCGACGGCGGGCAAAGCGCAAGAGUGCGAGACCGAGUCGCAGCCGUUCGCAACGAAGUGGCGGAAGGCAUUUGCCAAUUCAUGA